UAUAAAUGGCGCCCAACCUCGAACAUCGGAGCCAACUCGGCCGUAGGCAUCAGUCACACAUACUCACUACUCACUAAUCUGGUCGUACUGUCCUACAAUACAGGGCAGAGAAAACUGCCAAGGGUUGUCGUCGAUGGACGCGGAGGCCAGCGCCGGUGUCGCCGUAGCUGCAGCACCACAGGGCAAGGCGUGGGAGUGGGAGGGGCGGGUGGUGUCGGCGGUGCCCGCGGCAACGGCGGAGGAGGCGUGGGCGCUCCUGUCGGACUUCCUGGCGUUCCACCGGUGGCACCCGCGCGUGCCGAUAUGCCGUUUGGCAUCUGGCGCCGCUGCACCGGCCGCCGGGUGCGUGCGGUACUGCGAGGGCACCCCGCCCGGCGACGGGAGGCCGGCGGACUGGGCGCACGAGACGCUCAUCGAGCACGACCAGGCGCGCCGCUUCUUCCGCUACGAGAUGAACGACAACAACAUGGGCUUCGGCGCCUUCUUCGCCGCCUUCCGCGUCGUCCCGGCCCCGGCGCCGGCCGCCGGGUGCGAGCUGCGGUGGGAGUUCCAGUGCGAGCCCGUGCGCGGCACGCCCAAGGAGGCGCUCGUGGCGCGCCUUCAGGCCGGGCUCGACGGCAUGGCGGCGCGUGUGCGCGAGCACGUCCUGUCCGCGCGCGCCGCCGCCGCAGCAGCCCCCAGCGUGGCGGCCGGGUUGGAGGCCGCCGAUGAGCUCAGGCUGGAGAACUCUAUCGCCGUCUGAGCUUGUGAACGCUUUGGACGUACUCACGUCACUAGUACACGUGUACCACAGUACCUGCAGUGUACCACGUACUGACGUACGUAUGAUAUAUGUUCCGGUUGUGAUCGUCCUGUUUCUUCUCGCGGCACUACGUUAUCCGGUGGUACUUCUUCCUCUCUUGUUGUGUUCUAGGCCUUGCCGACUUGGCAUCAUCAUGUAUAUAUGUAUGUACGUACCUACCGUUUACUAAUACGGAAGGACUCCUGUACUGUACGUACUCAGUAUAAACGUACGAUACCGUAAUGUAUGGAAGUCAUCAAAUGUCCAGUUUUUUUCUUUUUACCAAGUGCAUGUGCAUUGCAUAUCUGUCAUGAAAAAGUUUAGAUGGGUAUAAUCUUUGCCCUUUACCUGUUCUUAUAUACUACCUAUGUCCAUAAAUA